UGCACCUGCUAAAGAGAACCAUACAAAACUUCCACAAUGUGCGCCACCUGCUCGGGCGCAACGACCCAGUCUAUGCGGACCUAGCGCGGGUGUUCUCGCAAAAAUUACAGGCAAGGGAAGAUGAGACACUUCACCGUCUCGAAGAGGACGAAUCGAAUGGUCCAAAUAGCCGAUAUGACCAAGUGGAGUAUCUCCCCAGUGAGCAUAUCCAACGGGGCAACGACACGUUAGACAUAGUAGACCUAAUGCACCUCUUCAAUUUUUACACUUCCAUUGAAUGGCACCGAUUCAAUUUCCUAAUUCUCAUUUUAAGGUGCAUAAUCAGGAUGGGAAGUAUGGCCAACACCAAUCAGGAGAUGUGUGCUAAGUUUCUAAAGUCCUGUGUUAAUCUGAGGAUUGAAAUAAAGAAAUUUUUGAAGUCACAAAAAGGAGGAUCCAUUUUUAGGCUACACAAGGAGACUAUCCAUUGGGGUAAGUUUAACCACUUAGGGUUAAUACCAAACAGAGUCCCUUCUAUCCGUGUGUCACCUUAUGAGGUGAAACGACUCAGCAGGAGGUCUUCCCCCAGGUGGGGAUAUUCAUCAAAGGGGAUGUACAAUACGAUCAAGUCAUGGAAGAGGAGAGGGAAAAAUGCACUCAUAUUGCUUCCCACAUCUGGGAGGAGAAUCCACCACUUUGAGGAGACCUACGCUAAAUGGAUAAAAAGAAAAUUCAAAUUAGAAAUGGAGGUGUGCAAUGGGUUGAUAGAGCAGUGUGCUUAUCUCGUUUUAGGAGGAUGGGGACAGCUGAACGGUGCACACAUGAAGUGCGUAGAUGUGAAGUGCGUAGACGUGAAGUGCGUAAAGAUGUUACGUCGAGGGGGGCUCUACCUAAACGGGGGUGACUCGUUAAAAGCCCAACUGACGGAUUACAUAAAUGCCAAGUGUGAGUAUCUCCCACCGGAUGAGCUCCUAACCGCUGUGGACUACUUGACGAAGGCGAGAGAAGAAGCGAAAAGGGGAACAAAGGUAGACCCCAAAGCUAGGACAACCAAACUGACGAGAGCGAUCACUCGGAUAAGCCAACACCUGUGCAGUGCUAUUCAAAAAGGGACAAAUGAAUACACCGUGGAGGAAGUUUGCAAAGUGUUAUCCUUGUGCGCGAGGAACAGACAUUACGAUGAGAAUCUCCUAGAUGGGAUCACUGCAUUUAUUGUGGACAAUUUAGACCAAGUCAGCUCGAGAAGACUCACCCGAGUGGCCAUAAAUAUGCAUGAUAAGUUGGGGUACACACGGAAUGAGUUGCUGUUGGCGAUUGUGAAUCGGUACAGCCCGCCUCGCCGGAGGGGCGCAUCGCGGGGGGGCACUCGUUGGGAAAGGAGCGGCAUGACGAGGGGGAAAAGGACUGAAAAAACGUCGAUGGAUAAGACUGAAAAAACGUCGAUGGAUAAGACUGAAAAAACGUCGAUGGAUAAGACUGAAAAAACGUCGAGGGAUAAGACUGAAAAAACGUCGAUGGAUAAGACUGACAAACCGUGGAGGGGUAAGAUCCACGCGAUGCGGCAGGAGGGGAACCCCCCACCAGAAACACUCCCUCGUAGGAACUUCCAAAACGUAAAAAUCAGCCAACUCCUGCGGUUCGUGACGGUCCUCAUCAAAAACGACAUACACCUGGAUGAGGAGUGGACGGACUACUUCCUCUCCCUGAUCAAAGGAAAAUUCACAUAUAUCAGCAGAGGGGACUUUCCCUUACUCUGCUACGCGAUGCUGCACAUGCAGUCGAGGGAGAUCAUCCUCAAUUUUUUCAACCCAUCCAGUAGGUACCAUAUAUAUAAAUAUUUUCCCAUGGAUGAGCUAGCCAAGUCACUCCGUUUGACUCCCCUCAUUCAGAUUGUGCUUCUCCUCAGUAUGCACAUACAUCGCCACAAUAGGAGGACUUUUUUUUGUUUUUUUUUCAACGUGCUGAAGAAGUUUUGCCUUCAGAGUGACAUUCCACACGAAAGCGCACAGGAGGAGGAAUGCAGUCAUGGAGGUGCCUUCACAGGUAUGUCUUCCUCCCCCCACGUAGAGAACGACCAAAGUGGAAAAAACGUAAAACCCGAGUUAAGUGUCUAUGUGCACAAUUUAAACGUCUACGAAAGGGGGAACAACAAUAAGUAUGACAAGAAAAAAAAGCAACACGUACAGAAUCAAAUUGCAAAGAUACCCAUUCCAACCUGUGAGCAAAUGAAAGAAGAAAUAAUCCCAUUCAUAAAAUUAACUCCACCGGAUUACCAACUCGAUGUCAUUCUCGACGAAACUGAUGAGUUGAGCUCCAAUCACGGGGGAAAGACAACGCGUGUGUACACUGUCACCACGCCAGGUGGAGCCGCCCCUCCUAACCAACAGAACAGCGUGAAGGAGAAUUGCCCUCCUAGAGUGACUUCUCCCCGUGGAGGAGAGAGCACCCAUCGUGGAGACUCACUCGGAGACACAAAUCACCCACAUCUUGUCGUAACAUGCAACACAGUGGCCACUGCGGGGGCUUGGAGAGAUACCCCUGCGAAGGGCCUCCCAAGGCAACCCCCCCUACGAGAGAACAACUUACCAAGUGAUAGCGGAGGAAGAACGGAAUCCCCUUUGCGUGAACCCCCCAUGAAGAAACAAACAUACCAUGAAAGCGACUACUUCGAAAACGUAGCCAACGCGCGAAACGUCCUUUGGGCAAUACAGAUUGUACUUCUACACCUUGCGGAGGAGCACCCGAAUGGUUGUCUCGAAGAUGGCUCGGGUAGACGAUGCUUGUCAUCCCGACUGAACGAGCUAACCCUUUCACAGCUAUCCCUGUUGCACAGGACAUAUGCGCUGUGCUGCUCCUACAUCGAUUCUUCCCUCAGUGAGCAGAGGAGCUUAAACAACGAGAGGGUCGUUUCUUCUUCCAGGUUCCACAAACAGGUCCUCUCCAUCCUGGCGCAGGUGGUAUGGAAAGAAAAAGAAGCGGAACAGCAGAGCAUCGGCGGUGCAUCCGUGAUGUAA